AUGUGUCACUACAAUGUGGCCUUUUCAUGCUCUCAGGUUCUGAACAUUGAUUGGUCCCGUGGGAUUGAAAAUCUAAAGUGUACUGGCCGCAUUGAUGUCACUAUUCACGGUUCUUUUGCUGAUAUGGCUCUGUUAUAUACUGAUUGCCAUACAGAGGAAGCUUGUAAUGUGCUAUCUGUAUUGACAAGUCCCGGACAACUGGAUAUUUAUGACUAUAACUAUCUGUCUUCUAUGAUAUCUCAGAAAGAAAAGAAGACUUUUGUUCCCACAAUGCAGUAUCCCAUCCUCGUACCCACUCUUGAACCACACAUGACAGCAGCAAGGCUUGAUGUGGUAUGUCAAGAUGUGAAGUCAUAUAAAGCCCUGUUCAAGGUUGUUGUAGCUGCAAAGCAUAAUUCAAUACAAAAUCAGAAAAGUAUUAGUAUAAAGUGGCCUUUGACUGGUGGUGUUCCAGGUCUACCUUUCAAAGAAAACCAUCCUAUCAUUCAAAUAUACAUAGCAGGUUACCAAGAUGGAUCUGUUCGGAUUUGGGAUGCCACAUAUCCUUCUUUGUCACUUGUUUGCAACAUAAAAUCUGAGGUUAAUGAUGUUAAAAUUGGUAAUGCAAGUGGGCCAGUGUCAGCAUUGUGUUUUUGCGCUGAUACUCUACAUCUUUCUGUUGGUGAUGAAAGUGGUGUUGUGCGUCUGUAUGAGCUAACAAGAAGCUCAGUAAACACCACUUUGCACUUCGUGACAAAAAAUGGCACUGAAGAUUUUAACCUGGUUUUUUCUAUUGGGACAGUUCAUGAUACGCAUCAAGGGGAUGGACCUCAUUGUAAAGCUGUGUUUUCCCUUCAAAAUUCUGCUGUAUACGGCUUACAAUUUGCAAACCUUGGAAGGAGGCUUCUUGUUGGAUAUGAACAUGGGCAGGUGGCCAUGAUUGAUAUCAGUUCAUCAUCAGUUUUGUUUCUUACGAAAACUGAAUCUAACACUUCUUCGGCAGUUGUUUCUAUGAAUGCAAAAUUUUCAGACAGUGGCUCGAACAAUCCACAUGAAUCUGUAUCUGAUAUUUCUGACAAUCCUGGAAUGGGCCUAGUCUAUGUUUUGACAAGGGAUGCACACCUUGUUGCAAUAGAUGCUGUGACAGGGAAUACGGUUUGCAGUACAACAAUGAGCCCCAGAGUAAAAGCAAAUGCAAUUUCAAUACAUAUGAUAGGCAAGUAUUUUGGCUGA